AUGUUGUGGGCACCCUACGCAUCCCUAGCGCUCCUUGCGCCUAGUAUUCAUGCUCUCUUACGGUUCUCAUGUUCUCAACUGGUCAUAGAACGGCUCGAUCCACUCGUCAAUCCUGGUGAAAAACAGUCCCCUCACGUACACCAGAUCAUCGGCGGCAAUGCGUUCAAUGCCUCUAUGGACCCAACUAUAUCACCUUCAGAUGAAGCGACUUGCACAACAUGUACCUUUGCUGAAGAUUUUUCCAAUUACUGGACGGCAGUACUUUUCUACCGUGCUAAGAAUGGUACAUUCAAGCGAGUGCCUAUCAAACAAAAUGUUGGCUUCGAAUCUGCUUCGGGUGGUAUGACGGUGUACUACACACCUAUCCUUCAAGGAAAAGCCAAAGUCACAGCAUUCAAGAAAGGCUUCAGAAUGAUAGUUGGCAACCCCUCCUACAGGACCGAGGCAGAGGCGAAAAAGUUCCGCCAGUUGACCUACACAUGCCUCCAAAACAUGAACACUCGCACCGGAGAGACACUAGACUUCCCAAAAAAAGCCUGCCCGGCUGGAAUCAUGGUGAAUGUCCGUUUCCCAACGUGUUGGGAUGGCGUUAAUCUAGAUUCCCCGGACCAUAUGGCUCAUGUGGCUUAUCCCAGCAGCGGAACUUUCGAAAGUGGUGGACCCUGCCCGGCAUCGCAUCCUGUCAAACUCCCGCAGCUAUUUUACGAGGUCAUCUUUGAUACCACGAAGUUUAAUGACAAAUCACUGUGGCCUACAGACGGCAGCCAGCCCUUUGUAUGGAGCUUCGGUGACCAGACCGGAUACGGGAACCAUGGGGACUAUGUGUUCGGUUGGAAAGGUGAUGCGCUCCAGAAAGCCAUGGACUCCAAUUGCAACAUAAAUUGCCCCGAACUGAAGACCCAGAGUAUUGCAACAGGAAACAAAUGUGCCCAGGCACAGAAGGUCAAGGAGAACUUGGAUGGCUGGCUUACAGAACUGCCAGGAGGCAUGCCAGUCGUGUAA